AUGCCAAGUUCUUCACGUCUAGUACAGGGCUGUUUGCCAAGACUUGGACGUUGCACUCCUGGACUGGGAAGCCUUGUUCGCCGCGCCAUGUCGACUCGAUUGUCGCUGAAGAUGUCUCCGGUGCCCAGCAAAACUAGUGGAAGCCGCAGAGGCACGAGAACAGGAACAAAGGACUCGGGUGCCCUCGACAGCAGAUCGAAGACAUCCGGGUCUCUCAUGAGCGACGAGCACAUUGCGAAGGAAGGCUCGAAUGCUUCCGACAAGUUCGUUGUUGGCGUAAUUGGAGCUUCGCUGAUGAUCGUGCAGGUUGUGGUGCUAAUCGCUGGUCUUACAUCGUGGUUGAAAGUUGUGAACACCGACUUGGAUGCAGAAUUGCUGAAGGCUUCCAUCGACGAAGCCUGA